AUGUCGUUCUUGGGGCCCCUGCUCCUGCUUCUGCUGCUGCCCUCAUCACCACUGACCGCCUCGUCACCUCAACCCAGUAUCCUUGAGUACAAGGACACCAUCGCGAAAACGAUCCUGUCCUCACUGGAGCGAGGCACCCUCUUCCUGGAGAGGACGAAAGGUCAUUUAAAAAUGAGUACCAUGAUAUACCUACAGAUCCUGCAAGUGGAGCUCCAAGGUGUUCAGGAAGCAUGGGCUGUGGAACCCGUCCCGGAGCCCCUGUUCGAGAAAGUGAGAAUACUGUCUGAGAGGUUGAUGAACCUUCGCAGCAGCUCUUUCGACCACCUGAAUCAGAGCGAACCUGUCCAUGUACAAGAGUUCCUGCCAAUCAUCCAGUUGGGGUUCUGGAAGCUUCCUCACAUCUGGACUGACACCAAUGCCUCCAAGGUCUUCCCCACCACCCAAUUCUCAGGCUUCCUAAUGCAGGACUCCAGCAGCCAGUGUGUAGUGGAGCUCCUGGGCACUCGGGUGAAAGACAGCCAGCCCUGCAGCUACUCACCUUUGUGCGAGGCCCUCCUGACCACAUACGAUGGCUCAGAUCACUAUUUGUCCCACCAAGUGUUCUACUUCCUCCUCUCCAGAAUGAUUGGAUGCACAGAGGGGCUGUUCAAAGAAACCCAGCACUUCCUGGACCACUUCUGUGCCAAAAUGAUGAACUUGAACCAGAAGGCUGAUGCUGAAAGACAUCCCGACAGCCACCAGGAACUCUUCAUGCAAAACAUCUUGUUCUGUGGACUUGGUGGAUUUGUCGACUUCUACAAGUUCCAGUGGCUCAAAACCAUUCUUAACUGGCAGAACCCUCAGAAAGGAUGCUUCAUGAAAACUGAUGCCUGCACGACCCACAGAACUGCUGUAGCAGUCGGAGCCCUGGGUGGCUUCCUCUACGUCCUGGCAAAGCACCCUGAAGCAUAUGAAAGAUCAUUCCAGCCCACUUCAUCGCCAAACACAAUUGCUCCUAGAUAA